AGACGGUUGCCCGGGUAACGGCCGCGUCCACAGCUACAGCAACAGCCUAGCCAGUUAGCAUUAGCGCCUUAGUGUCUUAUUUACUUGUAUUUACAGCGUUUUUUCCGCUUUAUUACCCAUAAAUAACACUGUUCACUACGGCUGAGAGCUGCUCUGCUUCACAGAGAGGAUCAAUCUGCAGUUUAAAGAGCUCAGAUCUCAGAGCUGCUGUCUCUCGCGGUGUCAUCUCCAGCUCUCUGAUCCUGCAGGGAUGGAGGGGGAUGAUGACAGGAUGAAAGAGCAGCUGAGGCUCCAGCUCCAGGCCCUGCAGCAGCAGCAGGAGAACAGGCUGCAGAAGAGGCUGGAGGAACAGGGGCAGCAGGGGGGCCGGCCGGGGGUCGAUAAGCAGGACGGCUGGGAUCUCUCUGUGGAUGAUGCUGAUCUGGUGGAGCAGUUCAGUGGAAGGCUGCUGCGGAAUGAGAACGAGCAGCUACAGGAGGAGCUGAGGGAGCUCAGGGACCAGAACGGCCGCCUCCAUAAACUCCUCAGUGAGAAAGAGUUUGAGAUCAAACACCUGAAGAAGAAGAGAGAGGAGGACAGGCUGGCUUUAGUGGGCACGGCAGGCAUGGCGGGUGAUGCUGCAGCCACCAAGAUUGUGGAACUGUCUAAAAAGAAUCGAGAGUUUGCUGCUGAAAUCGAGCGGGAGAAAGCCAAAACCAAGCAAAUGAGCAACAGAGUGAAAGAACUAGAAAAAGAGCUGCAGAACUUUUCGUUACUGAGCUCUGAGCUGAAGGCUGGUCAGACGCUGGAGCUGAGGAACACAGAAGAGGAGGCCAGUCCACUGGUGAAGACCCUCCAGGAGAAGUUAUCCAGCGCCCAGUUUAAAAUGACGGAAUACCGCAACCAGAUACAGGCUGUCAAACAGGAGCUAAAGAUAGCCCACAAGGUUCUGAGCUGUGAGGUUGGUGAGGAUGUGAAUGUGCUGCAGCUGGUGAGCAGUACGGGGAGCUGGCGAGGCCGAGCUCAGCAGAUACUGGCCCUGCAGAACAGAGUGCGAGAUCUGGAACAGCAGCUAAGCUCCGCCUCCAGCAGGAAGAUGCCAGGUGACCUCAGCUUGGAGGAGGAGGGCAUGCUGGGAAAUGGAGUCCACCUGAGGAACCAAGAUAAGAACCACAGCUACAUCCGUUCCAUGGAGAGAGACAGGAAGGAGAUGCUGGAGAAGCUGAGUGCAGAUCAUGAUCUCCUGCUGAAUGAACUCUCAGACCUGAAGAAGAAGCUGGAGGCCAGCAAGGCCAGAAACCGCGUCCUCACCACCGAGCUCAGAUCUCUAAAAACUCAGAUCAGCACACUGCUGGACAAGGGCAAACACGACGACGAGCUGGUGGACGCACUGCUGAAGCAGCAGGCUCAGCUGCAGGCCAUGCUCGGACAGCUCGGCCAGAAGAAGAAGCUGCACCAGGAGGCCCAGCAGGGCCAGGGCGCGCAGCUGCACCAGGAGGCCCAGCACCACAGUGUCCUCGUCAAGCAGCUCAAACAGAUGGUUUCAGAAAGGGAGGCUAAAGUCCAGCAGCUGGAGCAGGAGAUCCAGCAGCUCGCGUUAAAGAAGCAGGAGAAUGGAGGUGAGACAGAGCUGAAGAGGAUGAGUAGCUCCGCCCCUUCUACUGCAAAAGAAGAAGCUGGCAGGAAGAGCAGUUCUGCCAGCAGAUCAGUCUCUAAACUUGGACAUAAACUCAUUGAGUCGGCUCCAGCACUGUCGCAUGGAACCAGCUCUGAUAUCAGAGAUUCCUCUGAAGCCUCCUGCUGUACAGAGUGUGCUGCUAAGCUGGCGUCUCUGCAGGCCCAGUGUCUGGAGUACAGGGCAUUGUACCAGGCUGCUAAUGUGGAGAGAGACAGGCUGCUGGAGCUGAACAAGCUGCAGGAGAGGAGUGUGGAGGAGGGGAAGAGGAGGUGUGUGGAGACUGAGCAGAAACUUCGGGAUGAGCGGCGCAGAUCUGUGCUUCUGGAACAGCAGCUGGAGAAGAUGAAGCUGGACUCAGAGAAAGGGUCCAGCUGGAGAGCGAACCGUAAUAAAACAGGCGUGUCUUACAGUGGAUUAAGUCUUACUGAGAAUCAAGAGUUCCUGACUUCCAGAAGAACGUCCGAGCCGAGACGAGACGCCUAACACACUCCGCACACAGUGACUCCGCACACAGCUUACUGUCCAGCAGGAGGAGCUGGAGGCUUUGGGAACGUCUGUGAGAGAAGAAGCUCUACAGAUCUGAGAUCAGCUGAGAUCAGCAGAGUUUAUCACAGGAGACUGAGCUCAGGACCAGUACUAACUCUACAGAACUACAGAUAUACAGUCUUCAGAUACUUUACCUUCUAGACUUUGGAUUUUCUGGGAUUCAUACAAGUGUCUGAAAGAAAUACAGUCGUCUUAAUUAUGCUUAAAUGUAAAUACAUAUAAUGAUAAUUAUAUUUAUUUUAUUUUAUUUAUGUAUGUGUCUAUUUCUAAUGUAUUUAUUCAUCAUAUAAGCUUACCUUUAUCAUUCCAUUCAUAUUAAUAAUACAGUGCAUUUCAUCGCUGUCCAAUGAAAAACACUUAUCUCCAAAACAGCAACUUUGCAGGAGAGAGAAAAAACCUUGUAAACUUUCAAUAGAAGUCAAUGUAAAAAGAGUUUAUUUCAGGUCAUUUUGAAGAGUUUCUAUUGGUCCGUUCAUCAAGAAAUUUUGGCACAGUGUAAGGGACAGUUUGUCUGUUCAAAUUAUGGAGUAAACUAAAAAUCGACAAAAAUGAAAAUAAGUGUUUUUCAUUGGACAGCGACGAUAUAGUAGAUACAGUACCAGUCACAGGUUUGGACACACCUUAAAUUCAGUGUUUUAUCAUUAUUUUAAAAUGUUCUGCAUCUGCAAAUCAUAUGGAAUUAUUUAUUAAACAAAAAAGGGUUAAACUGGA